CCUCCCUUAGCCCCAACACGAGGACAAGCACGAGAACGAACAUCAGGAUAUAUACACAUAGGCAUAGACGCGCGCAUACAUACACGUACUCAUGUCGUCGUCCAUUCCCAUCACCAGCACCACCACCGGUCCGUCGCUCUUUGACCAGGACCAAGGCAGUGGCUCGUCAUCGUCAUCGUCAACAACAUCAUCAUCGUCGUCAUUGUCAGGGAGAGGGGAAGGCAGACGGGGAAGUAUGGCAACGAGUGGAGGGGAUUGUUCUGAAGGAGGAGGAAGUCGGUCGGAUGUAGAUCGAACUCCAUGGGGAGAGGGACGGGCAUGGGUAUGGGUAUGGGUAUGGGUAUGGGUAUGGGUGAUGGGGUGAUGGUGGUGGUGGUGAUGGAGACGGCCGGAGGAGGAUGGACAAGAAGACCAUUGUGGCUAUCUGUAGAGAGAAUGGAGGGUAUGUGACUCCGCAUCUCAAUGAUAAGCUCUAUCUUCAUUUCAAGGGCUUUACAAGGAUCAGAACUUGGAUGAGUAUACCGGUGUCAAGGCAUUGUGGCUCGAGGGCAAUGGCAUCUCAAGGAUCUCGGGCUUGAGUGGUAUGACUCAGUUGAGGUGUCUCUAUCUUCAGCAGAACUGCAUCUCCGUCAUGUCGGGCUUGAAUGCUCUCGUCAACUUGGACACCCUCAACUUGUCGCACAACUUUAUCGAGUCGGUCCAGGGACUCGAGUCGUGCUCUUCGCUGCACACGCUCAACAUGACACACAACAGGCUGGCGAGUGUGGAGGAUGUGGCUGCGCUGGCGAGUGUUGCCUCGCUUGGCAUCAUCGACCUCUCGCACAACUCGUUGGAGGAUCCUGCCGUGCUUGACGUCUUUCGCGCUCUGCCGAACCUCGGCGUUCUCGUCCUGGUCGGCAACCCGGUGGUCCGCGCAAUUCCGCGCUACCGCAAGACCGUCAUCGCCGCCCUACCGAACCUCAAGUACCUCGACGACCGCCCAGUCUUUCCCGAUGAACGCAAGUAUGCGGAGGCCUUUGCCGCCGGUGGGAAGGAGGCCGAGGAGGCAGCCCGGGCAGAGGUUGCUACAGCCAAGCAAGCCGAGGCGCAGCGCCGGUUCGAGGCCAUGGAGCAGCUGAGGGCAGAGGCGCUCGCAGAAGCUGGCAUCGACGCCGAGGAGCACGAGAAUGCCGUCCGGGCGGCAGAGCUUGCCGCCCUCGACUCGACAGAGUACUCGGCGUACCAGACGUUUGUGACCGAGGCCGAGGAGAGCAAGGCGCUGAUGGAGACGCUCAAGGCCGGCGAAGCCGAGGCCGCCAAGCCAGAUGCGGCGGCAGGACCGGCUGCUGAGGCCGAGGCUGAGGCUGAGGCUGAGGCCGAAGCACCGCCACCGCUCGAGGUGGUGCUUGACCCAGCCGAGUGGCAAGCAAAAGCCAAGGGCAAGGAGGAGGUCGACGCAGUUGUCGACGUCACCAAAGUCGUUGUCGAGGAAGUGGACGAGAUGGUCAAGUGGCUGGUGGCCGAGGGCGGAGCCGAUGUCAAUGUGGCCGACAAGGACGGAGGGACACCGCUGUAUGUUGCUGCUCAGGACGGCCACAUGGAGGUGGUCAAGUGGCUGGUGACCGAGGGCAGAGCCGAUGUCAAUGUGGCCAACAAGGACGGAGGGACACUGCUGUAUGUUGCUGCUCGGAAGAAGAGCUGGGAGGUGGUCAAGUGGCUGGUGACCGAGGGCGGAGUCGAUGUCAAUGUGGCCGACAAGUACCGAAGGACACCGCUGUAUGCUGCUGCUCAGAACAAGAGCUGGGAGAUGGUCAAGUGGCUGGUGACCGAGGGCAGAGCCGAUGUCAAUGUGGCCGACAAGAACGGAAUGACACCGCUGAAUGCUGCUGCUCAGGACAAGAACUGGGAGAUGGUCAAGUGGCUGGUGACCGAGGGCGGAGUCGAUGUCAAUGUGGCCGACAAGUACGGAGGGACACCGCUGCAUGCUGCUGCUUGGAACGGCCACAUGGAGGUGGUCAAGUGGCUGGUGACCGAGGGGGGAGCCGAUGUCAAUGUGGCCGACAAGGACGGAGGGACACCGCUGAAUGCUGCUGCUCAGGACAAGAACUGGGAGGUGGUCAAGUGGCUGGUGAUCGAAGGCGGAGCCGAUGUCAAUGUGGCCGACAAGGACGGAUUGACACCGUUGCAUGUUGCUAUCCGCAGCCGCCACGCCAAGACUGUGCGAUGGCUGUUGUCCAAAGCCGGUAUUUCCGUCUAUCAGUCGGCGCUUCAGCACGCAAUUCUGCUGAACGACGUCGAGUUUGUCCAGCUCAUUGUCUCUUACCGCGUCAUCCCCGACGACGUCACCUAUGCCCUCGCGCGCGAUACGCCCAACCUCUCGCCCGACGUUUUUACUUUUCUUCGUCUCGCUCGCCCCGAUCUUCUCUCGGCACCAAUUGACUCCGCCACUUCGUCACUUACAACGCCUCUCCCGUCAACUCUGAGCGAGUUCUCGCCCGACUCUGAUGACAGAGCCGGGCCGUCAUCCUCACCCGCUGUGCCCCCAAAGACCUAUGACCUCUUCAUCUGUCAUGGCUCGUACGACAAGGGCCUUGCGAUCGACCUCCGCGAUCGCAUCCUCAAGCGGAACCAAUCCCUCAAGGUCUUUGUGGACACCAAGUCACUUGACGGCAUGCGGUGUGCAUACCCAGAUGACUGCGCCGACAUUGUCAAGGCGUCGCGGGUCGUUGUUGUCAUCGUCUCUGAGUACUUUCUCGUUACACGCUGGGCUGUGGCCGAGGCCAAGGCCGCACUUUGUCCGGCAAACCACUGCAAGGUAUUCCCGGUGUUUCCCGGCCAUGGCAACAUUUCGCUUGCUACGCUCAAAUCAUUCCCUGCACCCCACAAGUUGGCCAACCUCGACGACCUCCUCGCUGCUGCCGAGGCUGAUCAUGCCGCGCUCCAAGGCGAUCAAUCCAACGCUUCUCUGCAAAUAGCAGUUAAGGCCUCCACGUCUGCUCUCCACUCUGUCAUCAAGCUCAUGUACACGUUCUUCCAAGUGCCAGACCAAGAGCGUCAGUUCCGGACCUGGCGCCACAGACAUCUCACUCCAACCGACAAGGUCGAUCACGUGAUCACGGCCUAUGCGCUUCUUGACCAUGGCUUGGCACUGUAUGACUUGCGUCAGAUCUCUGUCGAGACGUCGUUAGAAGACCUGGCGGUCCGCUCGCUGAAGGUGCUCUCAAAGGUUCGCAUUCUGCCGUCGACCCUUCCGCCCAAGCCACUCCCGUCUGCAUACGUGCCAUUGCGCUCCAAGCGUGCCGCUGCCGUCUGUGCGUUGCUGAAGGAAGAGAGCGUGACGGUCGUGGGUCUCAAAGGUCUCGGUGGCAUCGGCAAGUCACUCCUGGCUGCCGACAUUGCCACCCAGCCCGACAUCGUCUCCGAGUUUCGAGUAUUUUGGCUCGAGCUGGGUGAGGACCGCACUUCGAGCGAUGCUCUCACGCGCAAGCUGGGCUACCUUCUCGAGCAGGGUCUCGGUUACAAAGUCUCACAGUUUGCCGAGCUGGACGAUCUCCAGCGCAGCCUUGCUGAUCAACUAAUAGUUCUUGCCGCGGCGGGAACUCGUGUCCUUCUCGUGCUCGAUGAUGUGUGGACCGCGCGACAAGCUGAGGUUUUCACGAAGGCUGUCCGUCCUCCGCACGCCGUCCUGGUCACAACCCGCAAUUCGGCCAACAUGGUGUCGUCUACUGCAACGGUGACACUCGGCAUGCUCUCGCCAGCCGACGCGCGACUUGUGCUUACCCGCCACGUCGGACUCGACGGUAUUGGCCCCGACGACGAGAGGAUUGGCCGACUGGCCGAGCUCUGCCACAACCACGCCAUCGCAUUGGCUGUUCUGGGUGGCUCGAUCGACACCGUUGACAAGCUCGACACUGCUGACCGCGACUUUAAUGCUAUGCUCUCGCUCGCCUCGGACAAGUUUGCUGGCUCGCGCUAUGAGGACAUCUUUGCCAUUAUGUAUCAUGCCGUGAUGCGCCUUGACGACUACGCGCGGAAUGUGUACGCCAUGCUUGGCCUUUUUCCAUCUGACACGACGAUUGACAUGCUCAUUAUUGAGCCAACGCUGGAAAUGUCCGAGGCUGUGCGCAAGGUUGCGUGGGAUGCACUGGAAGCUGCGUCGCUGCUCUCUGCUAUCCGCAAUCCUGAAGGCUUGGUCGUUGGCGUUGAACUCCACGACCUCCAUCGCGAGUUCCUGCGCAAAGCAGUUGAUGUCGAGCCUACUCUCUUGGCCGCGCGGCACCUUGCUCUCAUCUGCGGCUGCCCUCCAGACGAGCGCGAGAGGUGGGCAUUUGUCCACGGUGUUUACCAUCUUGUGGCGGCCAACACUCCGGCAGCGCACAAGACUGCUGUUGAUGUGGUUCUGUCAUGGGACUGGCUCAGUGCGCGGGUGGCCGGCGAUGUGGCCGGCGCGCUUGCAGACCUCCGUGCGGUGGCUGAGCUGCGUGUUGAGCGGGUGAGUGUCGUUGCUGAGCUGGAGCGAGCACUGGCACUGUCGCAGGACAUGAUUGCGCGGGGCGAGUGCACGCUGGGUGCGGCCAUUGUCAGGCGGUUGGCAUACAAAGGUGUGACGUCCGAACUUGCUGCGCUGGAAGCGGCAGCGCGUGCGAGUCUGUCUCAUCUCACAUAUGUGCCCAUCUACGCCAUGGACCCAAGCUCACAUCGUGGCGCGCAGCGCCGUGUGGCUGUGGGCUGCGGUGCCACCGUUGAUGUACUGGACGUUGUGGCGGGCAAGCGUCUGGCGGUACUCGAUGGACACGCAGAGGCUGUGCGCGGCAUCAGCUUGCUGCGGAACGACAGUUUUGUGUCGUGGUCUGCCGACGGCACAUUGAGGGUGUGGACGCCGACGGAUGAGCCACCGUUCUACCACAGCACGGUGCUGGGUGGCCAUCCGAUGGCCGUGGAAGAUGUGAUUGUCAUCGAGACUGCUGGUGCCGAUGGUCUCCCGGCGCUAUUGUCAUGGUCGCGCGCCGGCGAGUGGGCACAGGUGCCUGUGGUUUGGAUGUGGCGCUGGAACGGCGAGCGGUACGAGGGCGAGUGCUGUGGAAUCCUUGCCGGUGGUCAUGCUGUGGCGGGGCUGGUGGUCCUGUCGACCGAACUCGAGAAUUCUGACAGCUCGCCUGUUCUGGCCACAUGGACCGAGAGCUGUGUCCAGGUGUGGCGCAUGUCCGGAAGCUUUUACCGUGUGAUGGGCGCUCUAGACGUGAAGGAGGGGAUCAAGGCAGUGUUUUCUACUCGGAGCAAUGACGACCGUGUCCUGGUGUGGCGCAAGAACGGCACGGUGAUCGAGAUCGGUGUGGGUGACGAUGACGAGGAGCGCGUGGUGUACGCCGAAGCCGCCCGACUCGCGGUGGCAACAGAACAUGACCAGCUGUGGUUGUGGGCGGGUCGCGGUCAGCCGCUACAGCUCCUGUCAACGUCUUCUGAAGUAGCGGAGACUUGCGGUGCCGUACCGGUCGACGUGCUGAACAGCGCAGCUGUGAUCGGCGCUGCGGUGUUGUCACCACAGCUGGCCGUGACCUGGCUGUCAGACCAUUCGAUUGUGGUCAUACAUGACGAUGGCAGCUGUGAGAAGCUGCGCGGCCACACGGGCCAAGUGUGUGGUGUGGUCGCAGUGGCGCACCUUACCAGCGCGGACCACACGCUCCCAAUACUUGUGUCGUGGGCGAUGGAUGGGACCAUACGGGUAUGGCAUGCGCCAGAUGUCUCUCCAGGCGACCCGAAGCGCUACAAUCCUCCUGUGACUGUGCUGACAGGCUCCUCGUCGGGACACAGCGCGUCUGUGCGCGCAAUCUGGUUUCUUAAGUUUACACCGUUUACGGUCGCCACAGCGACAACGAGCUGGAGUGACAAUGUGCGACUUUGGCAGCUUGACGCGGGUGUGUUCCGCUACCUCGGUAAGAUCAAGCGGCCGAAGCGAGUAAGAGAUGCAGUCGCGGUGGAAGACCUGAAUUUCUGCUUUGCUGGUGAGACGUAUCCGCUCGUGUUCCGAGUGCCGAAGACUCCGCUCGCGCUUGCAUUUGCACCUCGCCGACCUCCGAUUCUCAUCGGUCCGCCGACGACACCGUACACCUUGACCAUCGACACCGCCGACAAUGCCAACACCACCGACACUGCCGACACUGCUGACAGCUCUACGUGA